AUCUGAUGAAGACCCCUGAAGAACACUAAACAAACAGGCUUGUAAUUUAGAUUGAUAGAGGUAAAUGGUAUUACCAUGGAAGCCUUUUCACAUGACAGUUGACAGGAUCUAUGGAUUUCUGCUUCCAGCACCAAACUCAAACCAUCAGGUUUGAGUUUGAGUUUGAGUUCAAAAAGAUUUUUAAUCAGAUUAGAUAGCCAUUGCACAUGUUGGGGUGACAGGCAACGAAAUACAGUUAACCAGAAGUGCAUUGGUGGUUGUGUAAAAUAUUUCCAUAUGUACAGGUUGGUAAGGCUGUGAUAUAUGAUGAAUAUGAUAAAGAAAUGAAUGAAUAAUAUAACUAGUGUAUUGUCUUAGGCUCCUCCAGUCCAGUGUUGUUGAAUCUCCAACCAAUGCAGCUUCAGCUUUCUGUUCUUGGCUGACACAAGUGAACCUUGGCCUGGUCUUCUACUGUUGUAGCCAAUUUGCCUUAAGAUUUGUAGUGUUGUGCAUUUUGAGAUGCUUUUCUGCUCACCACAAAUGUACCCAGUGGUUGACUUGAUGUAGCCUUUCUGCCAGCUCAAGUCAGAUCGUUCUUUGUUGACCUUCUUUAUCAGUAAAACAGUUACAGAAAUAGUCAUUUACAUCUAUGCCAUUCAGCAGGCGCCUUUAUAGAGAGUCUUACAUCUAUCCAACUGAGCAGUUACUGGGGUUAAAGGCUUUGCUCAGGAGUAUCAGCUUGAUAUAGUUGGGAUUUGAACUCAAGGAUCAAGGAAAUACUUAAACCAGCAUCCAGAAACAAUAAUCUCGCCAUUCAAAUAACAUUUUAAUCCCAUUCUGAUGACUGAGGUGUACAUUACACGGUGGUGACUUGUAUCUGAAUAACAUUGCAAUCCUGUAUGUGCUUCUAUUCAACUUUUCGGCCAGCAUUGGUCGUCAUUUAUUUAGGGAUUAUAGUCGAAAUACGGUAUUCCUGAAUUAAUUAUUCUGGUCUGGGUCUCUGGAAUAAUCCUUUGAAAUGGUUUUGUAUUAAUAAAGACAUUAUAUUGUAGCUAGUUCGCUUCAUUAUAUGAAUCUGAAUAUGAAUAUGAAAGACUACACAAAAGCAAAGAUAAAUAGUGUUACUUCCAUUAUUUAAAAGAAAUGCUGUUUUAGUUGUUUGUGCCCAUUAGGGAUACAGCAUUGCACAUAGCGAAGGAAAAAAAAAGAUUAAGUAUAAAAUAAUUUGUGAUAAACCUUCCGGGUGGAACCAUAUCCACGCGCGCUGUAGCAGAAUGGACUGUUUUUGAUGUAACGCUUUUCCUGGAUGGACAGAUGGUUUGGGCAGAAGACGAGUGUAGACUGUAGUGAAACUCUUCAGUGUGACCUGAAUGAUAUUCAGAGAAUAAGUCUUUCAUAUCUGAGGGUUCCCUUCGUAGUUUUGUUGAGUGCGUCAGAUUAAAAGAAGAACGUAAAUCCCACACCGCCUUUACUUCCUGUUUUAUAUCAGCUUCAUUCUGUAGUAUAUUAUGGUACAACUUUCACUUCUGCCAAACGCGGUUACAAACACAUGCUGGCGUUUUCCGCUAAAAUACAUAGUUGCUGUAGUUUAUCAGUCUGUCCACAGUUGACAUUCCAGCCAGAAUGGCUUUAUUUUGCAUUCGUUUUGGUCAAAAGUCUCCACUGACGCUCAGUAGACUUCUGUAUCAGAGAUCAAUUCCUCACUCCUGCAGAUCCACAAAUCCAGGAUUCCUCUCUUCUGAUUUACGAUCAGACGCAAGAUUUAGUACAAAAUCUCUUAUUGAUCACAAAAGACUCUCUGUCCAUGUCCGGCAGGUUCCUGUCUUCUGUCCUGCAUUCAGCGAUCAUGUGAAGAAGUUUCACACUUCUGAAAAACUUCAGGCGCCUCCUGCAGUGGUGCUGUGGCUGCUGGUUAAACCUCUGCAGAAGAUCACAGCCAUCAUCUUGGGCAGAAGCAUCAGGAAAUGGUGGAAGGCUUUACCGCCCAAAAAGAAACAGCUCUUUCGGGAGUGGGCAUGGCAGCGGCGAUGGCAUCUGACCGGAGUUAGCACAGUGGUGUUGCUCUUCAUGGCGCUUUUCUGCUUUACCCACGUGGAAGAAAGCCCUUUGACUGGGAGAAGCAGAUUUCUCGUUUUCAGCAGGGAAAACUUUAUUAAACUGAGCGAACAUGCUUCAGAAAUGUACUUGGAAGAAUUUGAGGAUUCACUCAUCCCUGAAAAUGACCCCAGGCAUCAAGUGGUUAUGAGAGUGGUCCAACACUUAGCUGAUCGAAACCAGGAUAUUGAAGAGUUUAAAUCUGUCCCCUGGACUGUUCAUGUGAUAGAGAAGCCCAUUGCCAAUGCGUACGUCAUGCCUAAUGGGAGGAUAUUUGUCUUUACAGGAAUGCUGGAGCUUGUUGGAGACAUCCAUCAGCUGAGUAUCAUCCUGGGGCAUGAGAUGGCCCAUGCUCUGCUCGGACACGCCGCAGAGCAGGCAAGUUUGUCUCAUUUGCUGGAUUUGCUCUCCAUGAUCCUUUUGACAAUGAUUUGGGCGAUCUGUCCUCGAGACAGUCUCGCUUUGUUGGCCCAGUGGAUUCAAGGCAAACUUGUCGAGUUCUCGUUAAACAGGCCUUACAGUCGGAAACUGGAGGCAGAGGCUGAUCAAGUUGGACUGCAGCUGGCGGCUAAGGCAUGUGUGGAUGUGAGAGCCGGGCCAGUGGUCUGGCAGAAGAUGGAGUUAUUUGAGCAAAUAGCAGGAGAGCCAACCCUGCCUGAGUGGUGUUCCACUCACCCCUCCCACCGCACCCGCAUCUCAAACCUGGACCACCUCGUCCCUGAGGCUAUAGAGCUCCGUGCGAGAUGCGGCUGCCCUGCUUUUACUGAACCCGAUCCCCGGGUUGUGUUUGCCAAGGUUGCGCAACUGCUCCUGGAGGACAACGAGAACCAAAAAAACAAAGCGAAAGAGUCAAAGGAGAGAGAACGAGCAGAAGGAACCCAGCACACUCUGCUCAGUAAAAAAGACAUGGAACCUGCUGCAUAAAGACCAAAAACGAAUAGAAACCAGAAGGUACAUUUGAUUUGAUUCCGCAUACUAUUUAUCAGUACUAUGUAUAAGCAAAUUUCUCUGUUUGGUUGGUAGUAUUAACCCUGUAGAUCAGUGUUAGUGCACUGACAAUCAGACAGAAAUGUACUGUAAUAUUUAUACUGACAUAUCAUCAUGAAGUAAACAUGAAGAUGAUGGGUCUGUUUUACCCAAGAAAUGUGUGACUUUCUAGCUAAUAAUAUCAUAUUAAGGUAGCGACUGUAAGCACGGGUUUGAUUAGCUUUAAUCUUCGGAUUAGCAGAAUUGCCCCAUGCAGAUAAAGUUGUAGUUGCCUUAAUUUAUUUACAAAUAAGCCGCUAGCACUGACCUCUCCAUGGUGGUUACUGAAUUCUGAGGAAAUCUAAUGGUUUAUUUAUGCUUUAUACAUCACAGCAGUUUAUCUCUAUGCAAACUUAUUGUAGUUAUCAAAUAUAUCUAUGUAAAUAUAUUAUGCAUAGGACAUCUAGGUGCAUGUGCUUCAGAGGUGGGAAGUAAUGAACUUUCACUCAUUACAUAUUUUUACACUAAUAUCUGUACUUUUUACUUUAUAUAAAUUCAUGUUAUGAUAUAUUAGGGGUGUAACCGUGUACGUAUUCGUACAGAGAUUUUUCAGUACAGGGCUUUUGGUUCAGCGCACAUGUUUAUCGAAUGUAAUCCUUUUUACAUGCAGAGUUCCCUCAGGAACGUAUUAAGUGGCGGACAGCAAGUUUGUUUAGUUUGUCUCGGACUUUGAGCGAAUUUUUUUUAUUAUUAAUAAACUUGAAAACACACACAACAAUAUGCCGGGGUAUAAAAAAGAAACUUGAGUUUCUAACGGAAAUAAGAUCUGUAUUGCACAUACAUGAAAAUGCUAAGGAAUCUAUAGCGUUAGCCGUUAACCAGGAACCAUGGAUUCUUUAGCGUUUUAUGUCCAGCUUUAAGAAUUUCUCUUAAAAGGAGAAAAUCCUGACAAUUCCGCAUAUCCGAGUGAGUGUAUAAAUGACGGAUAGAAGACAGAGAUUUAAGUAGUAGAACUAGUAGAUCAUUUAUUAUCUAUUAUUAAAUAUUAAACGCAAAACACACACACACACAUCUGUUACCAAAAUGAGGUCUAACAAAUGUAAACUAUCUAAUAAAAUUGUUCCUAUUAUUGAAUUUGAUUUAAUCAAUGUAAAUGAUUACUCAAUUGAAUCAAUAUCAAAAUGUGUAUUGCAUUAAUUUGAUUGAUUCUAUUCUGUUUUUAUAAAAUAAUAUUUUAUAUAUUGUUUAACCAUGUUCACAAAUGUUAAUAAUAAUAAACUGCGUUAAUAAUUAAAAAACAAAACGACAGGCAAUUUUAUGUUUUGCAAACGCCCCACCCCCCACCCCCAUGUGUACCAAAAUUAAACUGAACCGUGACUUUAAAAACCGAGGUACAUACCGUACUGUGAAUUUUGUGUACCGUUACACCCCUAAUGUGUGUGUGUGUGUGUGUGUGUGUGUGUGUGUGUGUGUGUGUGUGUGUGUGUGUGUAGAAAAAAAAAAUUAUUAGUGUGAUGCAUAGAAUUUCUCUUUGAUAACUUUGUUUAAAGUAAAAAAAAAAGAACAGGCAAUAAAUGUACAUUUUUGUAUCAAAUUAUUUACAUGGAAAGAAAAACUUCUGUCUAUUUUCUUUCUUUUAAAGCUGUGAAAUAUACCUAAUGUGCAGGUUGUAGCUCUGGUGAAAGGAAAAGGAAUUAAAAAACAAUAAACAUUUCUAUUCUUGCCA